AUGACCCGCCUCCCCCUUCCCACCCCACCCCCGAUCCCAGCAACCUACACCCCCAAAUCCUCCCUGCGCACGAUCCCCUCCACCACCCCAAUCGAAUACAUCCUAGCCAUCCUCUCCCGCGACGGCGGCGUGAUCAUCUCCGACUUCAUCCCAAAAGAAGACCUCACUGCCAUCGACACCGAACUCACCCCAUGGACCAGCACCAGCACCAAGAAACCCACCUCCACCUCCACCUCCACCUCCACCUCCACAACCAACGGCGCCUUCACCACCAUCCCCUCCCAAACGACCCUCAUCCCGGGCCUGGUAGGCAAAUCCCCCACCAUAGCCCGAAUCACCGCGGAGCACCCCACUCUGGAAGCCCUACGCACGCGCAUCCUCGUCGACGAAUGGUGCAUCAACCGCGAAGACAGCGUGGAGCCGAACCGUCUCGACCCGUUACUCAGCCUCAGCGUGGCAAUGAACAUCGGGUACGGGGCGCCUCGUCAGCUCCUCCACCGGGACGAUAAUGUGCAUCAUGUGCGACAUGAGUAUCGCGAGUGGGAGUGGGGUUGGGACCAGGUGAGUCAGUUUGGGUGUCUGAUUGCGGGCUGUGAUGUUAGUCGGGAGAUGGGGGCCACGAUGUUUGUGAAGGGGAGUCAUCGGUGGGGGGAUGAGAGGUGGGCGGAGGUUGGUGAUGGGGAGGUGUGUUUUGCUGAGAUGAAAGCCGGCUCAGCGCUGAUAUUCCUUGCCUCGGCGUACCAUGGAGGAGGACAUAACUCGCUCCCCGGGACGGUGAGGAAUAUGUAUGGGUUGUUCUUUUGUAGGGGACAUUUGCGGACGGAGGAGAAUCAGUUCCUGGCUAUUCCGCGGAGUGUGGUCACUAAGAUGAGUCAGAAGAUGUUGGAGUUGUUGGGGUAUAAGAAGCCGACGACGGCGUUGGGGAUCGUGGAUAAUAUUAGUCCGGAUGAGGAUGUUGAGGGGGUUUGGGAGAGGGUGGUGCGGUGAAUUUUCUUCUUAGAAGGGUUGAUCAAUUAAUUUAUAUAUUGUGGUUUGAGGUUGUUGUGUGUGGAGGUAUGAUUACUGGAAAUUGAGAUGGCCAGUGUUAUCAAUAGGUUAGGGGGGUGUUAGGAGUAAUAUGGUUGUAGUGGAAGUAGGAGAUGUAGUAGGUAGAGGUGAUAGUUGCCGC